ACAGAGGAAGAUACAGAGGACAGGGUGAGAUGGAAACGAUUGAUCUGCUGUGGCGGUGCCUAAUUGGAACAGCUGAUAGAAGGAGAAGAAGUGCUCCAUUCCGCAUCACUAUAAAAGUAAAACAGAGAAUACUUCUUGGUAUUUGUUUAAAACUUACCUCUAAAAAUGUCUGGAACACAGUACUUGAAGCUUCUCUAUGCAUUCUGUAACUUGCAACACCCUUUUUGUUACACACACAUGCACAAACUGAAUCGUUCCGGAUUGAGGAUUACCAAUUGUGGCACAGUGAGAAAGGAUAAAGAGCAAAAAUAAAGCUUCUCUCUGAGCAGCCCCUCUGAUAUUAGAGGGUUAGCUGGAGAGGGAAGGAAAAGGAUCAUUGUGAUCUAUCACUUCUGAAAAAGUGGCUGCGGUAAGAUAGCUUUUAUGCAAAUAUACCAAUGAUUGAUGGGAUUAUGGGUUUUUUGUGAAUUUAAGUAAUUUAAUUAAUCACAGCUGACAUUUAACACGCAGGUUCUGUGUUUAAAUUAAUUUAUGAUGGAUGAUUAUGGUGAUAGUUUUAUUCUGCAUCUGCCAAGAAGCAUACUAAUCCAAGCAUUUGGUUUCAUUUGCAUGAAACAAAUGUUAUAGGAAAGAGUAAUGGAAGUUUUACAAGUGUUUUUUCCAAAUUGUUUGAUAUGAAUGCACCUGGAUCUAUGGUAAUUUUACAGUUUAUGUUCAGAAGCAUUAUAAAUGUUUCUUAAUCUGAAUUGUUAUAUGAAGCAUAUGACUCCAGUAUGCAUGUAUAUAGAAAGAAGGAUAUGAUUGUGUGUCAUUUUCAGUUUUAUGAUUUAACUCUCAUACGAUCCUCCUAUUUUAGAGGUGGACCACUUGCUUUCUGGAAUAAUUUUAUAAUAAUAAUAUUUUAGGAUAAUAGAAUACAAUGGGAACAAAUGACCCAAUUAGAAUUUUAUUGAACUACCAACAUCAAAGCACAUAUCUUGCAUGUUUCUUUCUAUGUUACUGGGGAACCUUUAAAAAUAAAACUUGUGCUUUGUCCAAACUGAGUUAUCGGGGAAAGACAGACAAGGCUGUUGUAGUAUUGAGAGGGACUAGGCACUCUUUCUCUCUCUGGGGGUACAACUCAUCUUAUAUAUAUUGGGCAUGUUUGCUGUUUAAAAAAAAAAAAAGUCAAUUUUGGGGAGUUGAUUUUCAGCGUCAGCAAAUCUGAAAAUGGAUAUUAAAAUGAACUCGGAAUAGGGCCACUGCUCCUUUGCAUUGAAAGGAGCUUAGCUGACGUGGUUUACGCAAUCUGGUGAGGACCACAACUAGUUGUCUCAAUAGUGAGGUCUUCCAGGCACGUCUAACUGGGUGAAGGCUCCAAGGAAUGCCAAGGACAUGCUGGUGGUUUUACAUCUCCCAGCUGAUAUGGGAAUGCCUCUAGAUUCCACAGGAGGAGUUGGAGGGCCUGGUGGAGGAUCGUGAAGUGUGGGAUGACUUGCUUGUUCUGCAAAUUAGGUUCUUAUUAAAUCACUAGUGAAAGUAUUUAUUGCAUGUUAAAAUACUGGUCUCUGGUUUGUGAGGAAAAAAAAACCCUUUGAAAACCUUUGAAAUGAGCCAUACUAAUGUAAUCUCUGUAGUUUACGUUAGGUUUGUAGCUGCAGAAACACAAUACACUAGUCAGUGUAGCACCCCCAGAGGUCUGGAGUAAUAACUACACCAGCACACAGUUUUUUUUGCUACAAUGUGAAUCCAGCUUUAGAUUUGUCUUUAUUGUUCACACAUGAAUUUGAUGUGCUUUUUUUUUUUUUUUUUUUUUUUUGUCUGUGCCCUCAAAGAUUGCUCACCCGUGGAGAACAGUGCAGUAUUUCUUUCCCCCAUUGUGGUCACGACUGACAUAACCCAUGGGAUACAAUCCACAAUGCAUCUUUCUUCUGAAAACUUUGAGCACCUUAAGCAGCUUGGUCACAGGAAUUAAAAUGACAUGUCAAAACAAUGCAUUCCACCCUUCUGGCUCUCCUACUUUGCAAAUGCUUUUCAUCUGUAAGAGUAUUACCUAAAGAUUUCUCAUGUGCCCAAAGCAAUUCUGUAUUACAGACUCAUUUUCCAAGAAGGGAUUUGUUUGUUGUAUUCUGACUAUCCCUGAAAAAUUCAAUAAACGCUAAACCCUACUGACAAAGUAAUAAAGCCAAGCUGCGAUGUGGUUAUAGGGGUUGUCUUUUGGAGUUUGCACUGUGCUGACUGCUCAAGGUGUUUUUUUUAACAGCAAGUAACCAGAGCUUCAACCCUUGGCCUGAAAGCAGUAUGGACAAGCAGUUUGUCUAUGACCUUUUAGGGGAAAACUCCUGGUCAUACAUCACUGCUACCUUUGUGGUGUUGUGGGUUGUGGUGUGGCUGUACCGAGACAGCUUGAAAAUUGAUCAUGUUGCAGAUAAGUAUGUUUUUGUAACUGGUUGUGACACAGGGUUUGGAAACCUGCUUUGUAAGAAACUUGACCAUAAAGGUUUCCGAGUGCUGGCUGGUUGUCUUACGGAAAAGGGAGCCGAUGGCCUGAAGCGGGUGGCCGGGCCUCAUUUGGAGACAGUUCUAUUAGAUGUGACCAAUCAGGAGAGCAUUCAAAAAGCCUUGGAGUGGACCAAGAAGGAGGUUGGAGACAAGGGACUUUGGGCUAUUGUGAACAAUGCUGGAUGCUCAUUGCCCAUGGGCCCCUCAGAGUGGAUGAAAGUGGAAGAUUUUUAUGGUGUACUGAAUGUCAACAUGAACGGAGUGAUUGCCAUGACAAUGACAUUCCUGCCACUCAUCAAAAAGGCUCGCGGACGUGUCGUAAAUGUGGCAUCUGUGCUGGGACGGGUCGCUGCAAAUGGUGGUGGAUAUUGUAUCUCCAAGUUUGCAGUUGAGGCUUUCUCUGACUGCCUCAGGAGGGAUAUACACCACUUUGGAAUCAAAGUGUGCAUUAUUGAGCCAGGCUUUUUCAAGACAGCAGUGACUAGCCUCGAACCUCUUGAGAGGGAGCUGCAUCGCCUGUGGAACCAGCUCAACCCUGAAGUACAAGCCAGUUAUGGAGACAAGUAUCUUGAUCAGUACAUCAAAGUGCAGCGUUUGAUCAUGAAUGCCAUCUGCGACUCUGACCUAACAAAGGUGACGAGCUGCAUGGAGCAUGCUCUAAUGGCUGCCUACCCUCGUACCCGGUACAGUGCCGGGUGGGACGCCAAGCUCCUCUGGAUCCCGCUGUCUUACAUGCCUUCCUGUGUUGUCGACAUAGGACUGAAGCUAGUGCUGCCACGUCCAUCAAAGAGUGUGUAACCUUUGAUGAUUUUGAGGGCUUUUUUUCAUAUUCAUCAACCUUUUGGUGUGUGUGUGUGUGUGUGUGUGUGUGUGUGUGUGUGUGUGUGUGU